UGACACUUUGAAUAAGUAAUUGUUUUACAUAUAAGUCGCCGUGCACAGGAGAUCGGUUGUCCAUGAUGCCACAAAGUGGAGAAAUGUCGUCAUUCAAUCCAAUCUACUUAUCGUUGCGAAUGCAAAAGGCUUAAAACAAAUUAUUACAAAAGAAUGCUGAUAUAAUAGGAUAGACAUGGUAGUGUUGCAGAAAAAACUGAUAUUAAUUAUGGUUUGGCUUAUUUCGACAAGGUCAUUGCUAGAAUUAUUUCGUCGCAUUUUGUAUUGGCCAACUGUAAAACAAGAAAUAACACCCCACAAUGAGCUGCUUCCAACUUCAAGAUGAAAUUAUAUUGAUUUAAAUCAAUAGUUUUCGUACAGAAAGUCUAUCAGAAUUACCAUUAAUUUUUUUUCGAUUGCAAUUCUUCGGUUUUAAAUAAAUCCGUACAGAGUUUCUAUUUGGGUCAAGGUUCAAAACAAGUUCAAAGCAGUAAGGAAACGAAAUUUCGGUGUAUUAUUACGCAGCUGAACAAAUAUUUAAGUUCUUCAGUAAAUGUUAAGCAAAUAUUUCAUACGACGCAAAUCGCAGAAAAUCACCUCUUGCUUAUAUUUUGCUUUCCGCAGCGAUAAACAGGCAAACAUUGUCGUGCUGAAGCCGGAUCAGCCGGGCGAGGAGGUGGCAAAUACAGGCUGGCUGUUUGGCUGGAUUUAUACAUGAACCGUAUCAACUGAUAGUUUGACGAUUCGAGUGCUUAUUCAAUCAAUUCUCCAGUGGAAUGAUAUGGAAAAUCCUUGCAAAUUGCUUUCGCUACCAGUCUAUCCGAGAUGCUGAACUGAGCUGUGCUGCGAGACCUUCCUACUUGACAUUCAUCCCUCGUCCCCGUUCGUCCAUCCGGAGCAUGCGGUCAGCUCGUGGCAAGCAUUACGCUUCGGAGGCUCGUCUGUAGGAGGAGAAAAUUUCUCGUCCGAUCCAGCAGCUGACCGGGAGAUGCUGCUGCGGCGAUCGACCGAUGAUCUUGUUUACGAAAGGAAGGCCAAAAGAGAGAGCUCGCUAACUGCGCUGAAUGUUCGAUGCACGAUGAUGAUAGGAAACUUGCUUGACUACCUACGGUAUUUACAAUAGGCGAGGCGAGAUGCUGGUGUGUACGUGCGAAGCUAUACACAUACCUAACCGGCCGGUUUUUAUAUAUAUAGAGUGACUUCGGACCCGAAUGAGACAGUUCAACAGCAAUCGUGAAACCAUUUAGAUCGUUCGAUCGUGAUCGCGAGAGAAUACGCCAACAGAGUGAGACUUAACAGUCAAUGAUUUCCUAAAAGUUCAAGGAUAAAAGAAGAUAGGAAAAGUUAAGAGACGUUACCGCCAGAAACAAUAAUGGUUUCGAAAAUAUUUAAUACCUUCCAUAAAGCCCGAUUCAGUGGCAUCCGGAUAGUGCCGGCAAAUGCGCCGUCCUUGUAUCAGGAGUGCGUGAAAGUGUUUGUAGCUGAGGUUAACCGCAACAAUCAGAAUGGAAAGCGUAUUUCAGAGCUGCAAUUUUUGCCGACGGCAGCGCUUGUUAAUAUCUUCGAGGAGAUGUGCAAAUAUCCGGCGCUAAGAGAUGUGCUUCGGGAGGCGCUGUCGGAUCCGGUGUUAUUCAUGAGAAUUUUCACCGGCCACAACACCAACCAGUUGAUCGUGGACCAAUGUCUGCGGGAAGCAGGUUUAAGCGGAGAGCCGGUACUUCCUGUGCUGGCAAAAAAUUAUUGUGAUAUGGUGCAGAAGGAGCCUUUGGGGAAAGACACGCCCGAUUUCAUGAGGCGUCUUCUGGGCGCACUGAAACUGGGCAAAUAUUUGCUUGAAGCUGGCUGGGCCCGAUCCAGCGUAAACGUGUUAACUAUUGCGGAAGGCAUGAUCUCAUUAAUUGUCGACAACCGCUUUCAUAGAGAGCUUGAACUGGAUUGCACCCAACUCUUGUUAAGAUCCAAGGGUGGCUGCAUGACUGCGCAGGCCAAUGAAACUUGCAAUAAACUACUUUCGUUGGUUGAGAAUAUAACCGAUGAUGAUCUUCUAGUCAAGGCGUACCUCGAGGUGGCCAACCAUCACUAUCGCGCUGAACAAUUUGAAACAUGCCACGAAUGGGCUCUGAAAACAAUGGACAUGAUCACCGAUUCUACGGCCGCUGAGCACAUCAUAGAGGUACUUCAGCUGGAAGCUUUAUAUUGCUUUUCCAAGCAGCGCUACGAUCUGGGAAGCAUGCUGAUCAGUCAGGCCAUUCAGCGAGCUCGAACGCAUUUUGGAAACCAGCACCGCUUGUACGCAGAUGUCCUUCAUACUUACGGACAGUGUCUGAUGAAAAUGAAUGCAGUAUCGGAAGCCGUUUCAACAUUCAUGGAGCUGCUGGAUGUUACCAUCAAGCUGUACGGUCGACUUACUCCGCACGUGCCAAUCAUCCAGGGUUAUUUGGCAUAUGGAUUCUAUUUGCGAUCUCAAACCACCGGGAGAUUCGAUAUGGCCUUGGAUCAGAUUGAUCAAGCUACCAAGCUGGCCAAACGACUUAUGCCAUCGAACAAACAAGUGAUUGCCCAUUUCGCCAAAAUACGUGUGCUGAUUGUUAAAGGUUUCGAUAGUGUGGCUGCCGCUACCAAAGAACGGAAACCGAUGAAGGUGGAAAGCUAUCAGAGGUUCCACUUUUCGGAAAUUCGUGAGAAAUACUUCGAACUGAACGGGUCUUUCUAAAUCAUGUGCCAUGAUAUGUUAAUUUAGUUUAGAUUGAUUACGUUUGUUUCUUUCUUAUUAUUGCUUACGUUAAGCACUGUCGUAUGAUAAAUCAAAUGAUUAACGCAAAU